GAUAGACUUGGGGGGGCUGCUAGCGCGCUGGUGACGCAGGAAAAACACCCAAGAGCUGACAAAAAAACCAAGGAACCAGAUUAUUCUAACUGACAGUUGAGCUUCAAAUGAAAUAGCAAGAUAUAGGGCACAUUUAUGUAAUAAACAACGACACACUCGUCAAGGCUGGAGUAGGUCGUGAAUAGAGGAGAAGUCCUAUCAAAUUCCUGGUUAUGCAAUGGUCUCAGCGGCCCGUCCAGAUCUCCAGGUGGUUCUGUCCCUCUCUCUCGUGCCGCGGCCGCUGCUCUCCUCCCUCUGCUCUGCCUCUGAGGUUGCUGAGGCGCCUCCUGUGAUUUCCCUCGUGGUCAGUGCUGCCUAAGAGGCCAAGAUUGCCAAGAUCUGCCCCGUGGCGAGCAUGACAGCCACCACGCGUGGCUCUCCGGUGGGGGGCAACGACAGCCAGUCGGGCCAGGGCCAGGCACCCGAUGCCCAGAGUCAGAGCCAGCCCCCGCUGCCACAGAACCAGACGUCGUCCCCUAACUCGUCCAAUGAGAACUCUCCAGUGAGCCCCCCGGAUGAGCAGGGUCAGGGGGAUGGACCCCCACAGCUGGAGGAGGAGGUGGAGGAGCCAGCCUUCCCUCACACAGACCUGGCCAAGCUGGAUGACAUGAUCAACAGACCCCGCUGGGUGGUUCCAGUUCUGCCAAAGGGAGAGUUGGAGGUUCUUCUAGAAGCUGCUAUAGAGCUUAGUAAAAAGGAACUUGAUGUGAAAUGUGAGGCGUGCCAGAGGUUUUUCAGGGACGGCCUGACCAUCUCUUUCACCAAGAUUCUCACAGACGAGGCCGUCAGCGGGUGGAAGUUCGAGAUACAUAGGUGUAUCAUCAGCAACACCCACCGGCUGGUGGAGCUGUGUGUGGCCAAGCUCUCUCAGGACUGGUUCCCCUUGCUGGAGCUGCUGGCCAUGGCCUUCAACCCCCAUUGCAAGUUUCACAUCUACAAUGGCACGAGGCCCUCUGAGACGGUGCCCGCCGGGGCACAGCUGGCAGACGACGAGCUCUUCGCCCGCCCCCCUGACCCUCGCUCUCCAAAGGGCUGGUUGGUGGAUUUAAUUAACAAAUUCGGCACGUUAAACGGGUUUCAAACUCUGCACGAUCGCUUCAUAAGUGGCCAAGCACUGAACGUCCAGAUCAUCGCUGCCCUUAUCAAGCCUUUCGGGCAGUGUUACGAGUUUCUCACGUUGCACACGGUGAAGAAGUACUUCCUGCCCGUCAUCGAGAUGGUUCCUCAGUUCCUGGAGAAUCUGACAGACGAGGAGCUGAAGAAGGAAGCCAAGAACGAAGCCAAAAAUGAUGCCCUGUCCAUGAUCAUCAAGUCACUGAAGAACCUGGCCUCCAAGGUGCCUGGGCAGGAGGAGACCGUCAAGAACUUAGAGAUUUUUAGGUUAAAAAUGAUUCUUAGGUUAUUGCAAAUUUCCUCUUUUAAUGGCAAAAUGAAUGCACUAAACGAAGUAAACAAAGUAAUCUCCAGUGUGUCCUAUUACACACAUCGGCAUGGCAACCCCGAGGAGGAGGAGUGGCUAACUGCAGAACGCAUGGCAGAGUGGAUCCAGCAGAACCACAUCCUGUCCAUUGUGCUGAGGGACAGCCUUCACCAGCCUCAGUACGUAGAGAAACUAGAGAAGAUACUGCGCUUCGUCAUCAAGGAGAAAGCUCUUACCAUGCAGGACCUGGACAACAUCUGGGCUGCACAGGCUGGUAAACAUGAGGCCAUUGUGAAGAACGUACACGACCUUCUGGCCAAGCUGGCCUGGGACUUCUCUCCUGAGCAGCUUGACCACCUCUUUGACUGCUUCAAGGCGAGUUGGACGAAUGCCAGUAAGAAGCAACGUGAGAAGCUGUUGGAACUGAUCCGUCGCCUGGCGGAGGACGACAAGGAUGGAGUGAUGGCCCACAAGGUGCUGAACCUAUUGUGGAACCUGGCUCACAGCGAUGACGUGCCUGUAGACAUCAUGGACCAGGCCCUCAGUGCUCACAUCAAGAUACUGGACUACAGUUGCUCUCAGGAUAGAGACACGCAGAAGAUCCAGUGGAUCGAUCGCUUCAUAGAAGAGUUGCGCACCAAUGACAAAUGGGUGAUUCCUGCACUAAAGCAGAUCCGAGAGAUCUGUAGCCUGUUCGGAGAGGCUCCUCAGAAUCUCAGUCAGACCCAGAGGAGUCCUCAUGUGUUCUAUCGUCAUGACCUGAUUAACCAGCUGCAACACAACCAUGCCCUGGUCACGCUGGUGGCUGAGAACCUCUCUGCCUACAUGGAGACCAUGAGGCAGUUCUCUAAAGCCGAGCAGGCGGAGUUUGACCCCCAGACGGUGAGGGUAGGGAGCCGCUACAGCCACGUACAGGAAGUCCAGGAGAGACUCAACUUCCUGAGGUUCCUGCUGAAGGACGGCCAGUUGUGGCUCUGUGCUCCUCAGGCCAAACAGAUCUGGAAGUGCCUGGCUGAGAACGCAGUCUUUCUUUGUGACCGAGAGGCCUGCUUCAAAUGGUACUCGAAGCUGAUGGGAGAUGAGCCAGACCUGGACCCGGACAUCAACAAGGACUUCUUUGAGAACAACGUUCUGCAGCUGGACCCGUCUCUGCUCACGGAGAACGGCAUGAAGUGCUUUGAGAGGUUCUUCAAGGCCGUCAACUGCAGGGAGGGCAAGCUGGUGGCCAAACGCAGGGCCUACAUGAUGGACGACCUGGAACUCAUAGGCCUGGACUACCUCUGGAGGGUCGUAAUUCAAGGGAGCGAUGACAUCGCCAGUCGAGCCAUAGACCUGCUGAAAGAGAUCUACACCAACCUUGGACCAAAACUACAAGUCAAUCAGGUAGAGAUCCACGAGGAUUUCAUCCAGUCAUGUUUCGACCGCCUGAAGGCGUCGUACGAUACGCUGUGUGUCCUGGAAGGGGACAAGGACAGCAUCAACUGUGCCCGGCAGGAGGCCAUCCGCAUGGUCCGCGUGCUCACUGUGCUCAAGGAGUACAUCAACGAGUGUGACAGUGACUACCAUGAGGAGAGGACCAUACUGCCCAUGUCCAGGGCGUUUCGGGGGAAGCACAUCACGUUGAUCGUGCGUUUCCCUAACCAGGGCCGUCAGGUGGAUGACCUAGACAUCUGGUCUCACACCAACGACACCAUUGGCUCAGUGCGCCGCGGUAUCCUCACACGCAUCAAGGCUAACGCUACGCACACAAAAAUAGAGCUCUUCAUUGGCGGGGAGGUCGUCGACCCAGCCGACGACAGGAAGCUGAUUGGCCAGCUCAACCUGAAAGACAAAACGUUGAUCACAGCCAAGCUGACCCAGGUGAGUGCCAACAUGCCCUCCAGCCCAGACAGCUCCUCGGACUCUUCCACUGGCUCACCGGGUAACCAUGGCAACCACUUCAGCGAAGGGCCCAACCCCGAGGUGGAGAGCUGCCUCCCUGGAGUGAUCAUGUCUCUCCACCUGCGCUACGUCUCCUUCCUGUGGCAGGUAGCAGACCUGGGCUGUAGCCCCAACAUGCCUCUGCUACGAGACGGAGCCAGAGUACUCAUGAAGCUGAUGCCUCCAGAUAACAGUACCGUGGAGAGCCUGCGUGGUGUAUGUCUGGACCAUGCCAAGCUGGGAGAGAACGGCCUCAGCCCAACACUGGACUCACGCUUCUUUGGCCCCUCGCCAUCACAAGUCCUCUACCUCAUAGAGGUGGUGUAUGCCCUGCUCAUGCCAGCCAGCUCCACAUUGGGUGAGGACGCCAGCGACUUCCAGUACAACUUCCUGAAGAGUGGCGGGCUACCGCUGGUACUGAGCAUGCUCACGCGGAACAACUUCCUGCCGUCGGCCGACAUGGAGACGCGGCGAGGGGCGUACCUCAACGCUCUUAAGAUCGGCAAACUGCUGCUCACUGCUAUUGGGUUCGGACACGUCAAAGCUGUGGCCGAGGCCUGCCAGCCCAACGCUGAGGGGACCACACCCGUCUCACCGAUCAACCAGGCCACUCACGACCAGGCUUUGGUCCUCCAGAGUGCCCUGCAGAACCUCCCCAACCCUGCCUCUGAGUGCAUGCUCCGCAAUGUAGCUAUACGCCUGGCCCAACAGAUCUCUGACGAGAACUUCUUCCAGGCGUCGAAGUACAUCCCUGAGAUCUGUGUGAUCCGGGCGGUGCAGAAGAUAGCGUGGGCUUCAGGCUGUGGCACCGUACAGCUGGUCUUCAGCUCCAAUGAAGAGAUCAGCAAGAUCUAUGACAAGACGAACGUGGUUAAGGAGCCGGACGGGGAGGAUGAGCAGGUGUGCUGUGAGGCCCUGGAGGUCAUGACCCUGUGUUUCGCCCUGCUGCCCACCGCUCUGGACACACUCAGUAAGGAGAAGGCCUGGCAGACCUUCAUCAUAGACCUGCUACUGCACUGCCACAGCAAGUCAGUUCGUCAGAUGGCCCAGGAGCAGUUCUUCCUUAUGGCCACCAGGUGCUGCAUGGGCCACCGACCCCUCCUCUUCUUCAUCACCCUCCUCUUCACUGUGCUGGGGAGCACAGCUAAAGAGCGGGCCAAGCAUGCUGGGGACUACUUCACCCUGCUCAGGCACCUCCUGAACUACGCCUACAACAGCAACAUCAACCUGCCCAACGCAGAGGUGUUGCUCAACAAUGAGAUUGACUGGCUCAAGAAGAUCAGGGAUGAGGUGAAGAGGACAGGGGAGACGGGCGUUGAGGAGACCAUCCUGGAGGGACACAUCGGAGUUACCAAGGAGCUGCUGGCCUUCCAGACACCAGAGAAGAAGUACUACAUCGGCUGUGAGAAUGGAGGAGCCAACCUCAUCAAGGAGUUGAUAGACGACUUCAUCUUCCCAGCGUCUAACGUGUACCUGCAGUACAUGAAGAGUGGGGAGUUCCCUACGGAGCAGGCCAUCCCUGUCUGUAGCAGCCCUGCCUCCAUCAACGCAGGCUUCGAGCUGCUGGUGGCUCUGUCAGUGAGCUGUGUCUGGAACCUCAAGCAGAUCGUCAACAUGCUCACUGACAUGUACUACCUAGGUUGUGAGGCUCUGACAGAGUGGGAGUAUCUCCCUCCGGUGGGGCCGCGGCCCACUAAAGGCUUUGUGGGACUGAAGAACGCUGGGGCCACCUGCUACAUGAACUCAGUCAUCCAGCAGCUCUACAUGAUCCCUCCCAUCCGCGACGGAAUCCUGGCCAUCGAGGGCACCGGCACCGACGUGGACGAUGACAUGUCCGGCGACGAGAAGCAGGAGAGCGAGAGUAACGCAGACCCACGGGAUGAGGUGUUUAGCUAUAACCACCAGUUUGACGACAAGCCGUUGCUCAGUAAGUCGGAGGACAGGAAGGAGUACAACAUUGGGGUGCUGCGCCACCUGCAGGUCAUCUUUGGUCACCUGGCCUCCUCCAGACUGCAGUACUACGUACCCCGGGGCUUCUGGAAACAGUUCAGGUUAUGGGGUGAGCCGGUGAACCUGCGAGAGCAGCACGAUGCCCUGGAGUUCUUCAACUCCCUAGUGGACAGUCUGGACGAGGCUCUGAAGGCCCUGGGUCACCCGGCCAUGCUUAGCAAGGUGCUGGGGGGAUCCUUCGCCGACCAGAAGAUCUGCCAGGGGUGCCCACAUAGAUAUGAGUGUGAGGAGUCGUUCACCACUCUGAAUGUAGACAUCAGGAACCACCAGAACCUGUUGGACUCUAUGGAGCAGUAUGUCAAAGGAGACCUGCUGGAGGGAGCCAACGCAUACCACUGUGAGAAGUGUAACAAGAAGGUGGACACAGUGAAGCGUCUGCUGAUCAAGAAGCUUCCUCCAGUGCUGGCCAUCCAGCUGAAGAGGUUUGACUACGACUGGGAGAGGGAGUGUGCCAUUAAGUUCAACGACUACUUUGAGUUCCCCAGGGAGUUGGACAUGGAGCCCUACACUGUAGCCGGGGUGGCCAAGCUGGAGGGGGACGACGUCAACCCAGAGAACCAGGUGAUCCAGCAGAACGAGCCCUCUGACCCAGAGCCCCCGGGCAGCUCCAAGUACCGCCUGGUGGGGGUUCUGGUCCACUCAGGCCAGGCCAGCGGCGGACACUACUACUCCUACAUCACGCAGAGGAACGUGGGCGGGGCCGACGGCGAGCGGAACCGCUGGUACAAGUUUGACGACGGCGACGUGACCGAGUGCAAGAUGGACGACGAGGAGGAGAUGAAGAACCAGUGCUUCGGAGGAGAGUACAUGGGCGAGGUGUUUGACCACAUGAUGAAGAGGAUGUCCUACCGGCGUCAGAAGCGCUGGUGGAAUGCCUACAUCCUCUUCUACGAACGCAUGGACUCACUGGACAAGGACAGUGAGCUGGUCAAGUACAUCCAGGAGCUGACCAUCUCGUCCUCGUCCAACAACAAGCCGUCGCACCAGGUCAAGAUGCCCAACGUGAUCGAGUGCAGCGUGCGCAAGCAGAACGUGCAGUUCAUGCACAACCGUAUGCAAUACAGCCUGGAGUAUUUCCAGUUUGUUAAGAAACUUCUGACCUGUAACAGUGUCUAUUUAAACCCUCCGCCAGGACAAGACCAUCUACUGCCCGAUGCAGAGGAGAUGGCUAUGAUUAGUGUUCAGCUGGCUGCUAGGUUCCUCUUCAGCACUGGUUUCCACACCAAGAAAGUAGUGAGGGGGGCCGCCAGUGACUGGUAUGAUGCGCUGUGCAUCCUGCUGAGACACAGUAAGAAUGUACGCUACUGGUUUGCACACAACAUCCUGUUUGCCUACGCCAACCGCUUCUCCGAGUACCUGCUGGAGUGCCCCAGCGCUGAGGUCCGGGGCGCGUUCGCCAAACUCAUCGUCUUCAUUGCACACUUCUCCCUUCAAGACGGACCCUGCCCCUCGCCCACAGCAUCCCCUGCCAGCGCCACCACCCAAUCACAGGCGUGUGAUAACCUGCGUCUCAGUGACCACCUGUUGAGGGCUGUGUUGAACCUCCUCAGGAGAGAGGUGUCCGAGCAUGGCCGACACCUGCAGCAGUACUUCAACCUCUUCGUCAUGUACGCCAAUUUGGGGCUGGCAGAGAAGACUCAGUUGUUGAAGCUGAGUGUCCCAGCUACCUUCAUGCUGGUGGCUCUAGACGAGGGACCCGGUCCUCCCAUAAAGUACCAGUAUGCAGAGCUGGGGAAACUCUACACCGUGGUCUCCCAGCUGGUGCGCUGCUGUGAUGUGGCCACACGCAUGCAGUCAUCCAUCAAUGGUAACCCCCCUCUCCCUAACCCGUACGGCGAUGCCAACCAGACCACCCCGGUGAUGCCUGUGCAGCAGCUGGUGGGAGAGAUCCUUUUUGUUAGGACCAGCUAUGUGAAGAAGAUUAUCGAGGACUGCAGCAACUCAGAGGAGACAGUCAAGCUGCUGCGCUUCAGCUGCUGGGAAAACCCCCAGUUCUCCUCUACUGUACUAUCAGAGCUGCUCUGGCAGGUGGCGUACUCCUACACCUACGAGCUGAGGCCUUACCUGGACCUGCUGCUGCAGAUCCUGCUCAUCGAGGACUCCUGGCAGACACACAGGAUCCACAACGUGUUGAAGGGUAUACCAGACGACAGGGACGGCCUGUUUGACACCAUUCAGCGCUCCAAGAACCACUACCAGAAACGGGCCUACCAGUGUAUCAAGUGCAUGGUGGCCCUGUUCAGCAGCUGCUCUGUGGCCUACCAGAUCCUACAGAGUAACGGGGACCUGAAGCGUAAGUGGACCUGGGCGGUGGAGUGGCUGGGGGAUGAGCUGGAGAGGAGACCCUACACAGGAAACCCACAGUACACCUACAACAACUGGUCUCCACCCGUCCAGAGCAACGAGACCUCCAACGGGUACUUCCUGGAGCGCUCGCACUCUGCACGUAUGACCCUGGCCAAGGCCUGCGAACUCUGCCCCGAGGAGUGUCACUUAACGAAGCCCGGUGAGGCCAUGUCUGAAGAAGACGCUGCCAUGCGGAAAUCGUCCUCGCCACAGCAGCUUUUGCCAGGGGACGGGACAGGACCACAGCAACACACUGAGCCCGAUGGCCAGGAAGCCUCUGAAGAUCAGGACACCUCCCCUCCAGAGGACACCUCCCUCUACCCACACUCAUCUCCUGGGACGACCACACAGUUUCAGCAGAACAACCCCCCUCACGGACAGCUAUACACAGGCCCCGCUGCCCAGCUCAUGAACAACCCCCAGCGCCCUGGCCCUGCCCCUUCUACCCCAGGCCCUGACCCCGGCCCCGGCCCAAGAGCACAAGAAAACUGGGAGAGCACUGAGGAGGUCCCCUCCACCUCCACGGCCCCUACCUCACCUAAGGAAUAACACCAGCACUCCCCCCUGCUGUACCUCCAGCCUCCUGCUCUCUUUCCUCUCCCUUCCAGGUGACCGACCAAGCUCCUGAUCGGGACUCUCUCUCUCUCUUUGGGGUCUCCAGGGCAGGGCCAGGCUUCACAGCUCCUCUCCAGGCCCCCUCGAGUCUCAUGCUACUGUGCUGCCUGCCUGGGGGGGUGCUCUCCCCUGGGUUCUGCAUACUGGAACCUGGGGGCUGUGGACUGCAGAGGGGAUAGUGUUGUAAUGAACAUAGAAUAUCCAGGCCUGACGAUGCUUGUCAACAUGACAAAAAGGUGUACAUAGUGUGUUUAUGUUUUGACUGUUAAAUUGAACCCCCCCCCCCCCAACAGCGUAACUUUGUCAGAUUUGCUGUUGGGAGAGAUCUUGCGAGAAACAAAAAUGGAUGACAUAAGAAAAAAAUAACAAAAAAAAGCUCAUUUUUGUUUCAUCACCCUCACCGCUCAGCAGUGAUAUUUGGUCUGCCAUCGGACGGUUACCGGUCAUUUACCUUUAGGAGGACACAUUAUUAGUAAGCUCCUUGGCAACCUCGUGACCCAUGCCAAAUCAACUGACGAGCUGGGGUGGGUUUUAGUGAGAUGUGGAAUGGUUGGGUGAACUUUUACGGUGUUUUGGUUGAUGUGAAAAAAUGGUGAUGCAACAUUGUUCUGGAACUCGUUGCCUUUUUUUUGUUGGGGUAAUUCAAAUCCUUUUGGAAGCUCUAGUUAAUAUGCUGUAACGUUUAGCAUGGCUUCUCACCAGAAUAGUGUAGCUCAAGGGAAGAUAUGUGAUAACAUCUGUCCUUAAUCCACAGCUACAGAGGACAAUUCCUUUUGGCUUUUUUCUCUCAUCUUCCCCUUGUACAUUGAGGGUGGUAUUUUGACCCAAUGCAAAAAGUGGUUUUUCAAUUGCACAUUAUUAUAAUCCAACUAAACAUUUGCCAGUCCAUUUUUGAGAGAGAAACACCAUGUAUGAAACCUGAUUUGUCUCUGUCUCUCUUCGGUAGAGAAUAGUCUUAGACAAACACCUGACCUCUUCCAUGGAGCUCACCAGGCUGGUCCACUAUGGACCAGCCUGGGAAGGUCACUGAUCCUGGGCCGCAGCGGCUGGUUAGUCGUGUUGCAACAUGGGCUAAGUAAUUCUUUAGGAUUUAAAACUAUUUAAUUGCUAACUUGAAUGUGUGUAUUUUGGGGAUUUGUCUAAAAUACCAAAUAUUCUGCCCACCAUAAUACUUUGCUCUUAUUUUAUAGAAUUUAUUUUGUAUUUCACACAAAGAAUAGAAUUUGAUUUAUGAACAUUUGUCCUUGUCUUAUUUUUAAAGGUAUUGACUGUACAGAGUUCGGCACCCUGUUUUUUGCCGACUUUUGUUUUGGCCAUGGUGUGAUGUUGAAUUCUGGAGCUACAGUCGCAAUGUGAACUGAACUUUCACUGAGGUUUUUUGUGCACAGAAAUAUAAAAGCAUUGUGCCCUAAGCAAAUAAACAUGGAAUAUUGUAUUCAUGUAACCGA